ACUUUCUUCUUCUUCUUCUUCUUCAUUAUUCUAUUUAAAGAAGUGAAUCUGAACGAAGAACUAAGACAGUCAAUUUUGGAACUUGAACCAUUAAAUUCAUCAAACAAAUAUAUUCAAAGAUCUUAUUCUUGAAUUCUUGCUUGUAUUACGCUUCUUGAUUCACCAAGAACCCGAGUUAUUUCAUUUCCUUUUAACCUUUUCCUUUUCUUGUUCUUCGCCGGGGUCAUUAAGACAUGAAGUUCUUCGGAUGGAUGCAGAACAAACUACAUGGGAAACAAGGGAACACUAAUAGACCAAGCAUAUCCUCUGCUUCUUCUCAUCAACCACGAGAGGAGUUUAGCGACUGGCCUCACGGAUUACUUGCGAUUGGAACUUUCGGUAGUGUGUCCAAAGAUCAUACACCAAUACAAGUUGUUCAAGAAGUGAUUCAAGAGGAGAAUCCCUCUAACGUGCACGUGGAAGGUCAAGCGCAAGAUAGAGAUCAAGAUCUUUCUUUCUCCGGUGAUCUUGAGGAGUUUACUCCCGAGGAAGUUGGGAAACUGCAAAAGGAACUGACCAAGCUCUUGACAAGAAAGAACAAGAAGAGGAAGUCAGAUGUGAACAGAGAACUUGCGAAUCUUCCUUUGGAUAGAUUCUUGAAUUGUCCUUCGAGUCUUGAAGUCGAUAGACGAAUCAGCAACGCGCUCUCUGGUGGUGGAGAUUCUGAUGAGAACGAAGACAUUGAGCGUACCAUCAGUGUUAUCUUGGGAAGAUGCAAAGCUAUAUCUACAGAGAGUACCAAUAAAAAGAAUAAGAGUAAGAGAGAUUUGAGCAAAACCUCUGUUUCUUAUCUCCUCAAGAAGAUGUUUGUAUGUUCAGAGGGGUUCUCUCCUCUUCCUAAUCCUAGCUUGAGAGACACGUUUCAAGAAUCUAGAAUGGAAAAGCUACUGAGGGUGAUGCUACACAAGAAGGUUAAUGCUCAAGCUUCCUCGAAGCAAACAUCAACAAAGAAAUACGUGCAAGAUAAGCAACAGCUUUCAUUAAAGAACGAGGAAGAAGAAGGAAGAAAUAGUGGCGAUGGGAGCAAAUGGGUCAAAACAGAUUCUGAUUUCAUUGUUCUUGAGAUCUGAUCCCAGUUUUGCCUUUCUCAUGUUCUUACAAGAAAGUAAAGAUAAAGAAUCUUCAGUGCUAUCAAGACAAAGACAAUUCAAAAAAGAAGUGAUAAAUCAACUUUCUUUUUCUUUCAGAUGAAAGUUUUUGGUAUCUAUCAGUAGAGCCUAUGAGUUUCUUCUGUUUUUGCAUGCUUGAGUCCAUAAAAACCAAACAUGUUCUGGAAACUAAAACAUUAGAAUACAGUUCAUGAGAUAUUUAUAUCCCCCUACAUGUAUGUAUGUAUAUAAAGAGAGAAUUGUAUAAAUGCAUAUAUGUACUUAGUUGUGUAUUUUCAGGUGGAUAACCUUAGCUUAUAUAAAGACAUCCUUUUUUUCUU